GUAACAGCGAGCGAUCGACGACGCGACGAGGCAUUCCGGCCAGUAACGAGUUGAAUGUGGCUCAAAACGCUUCGCCAGACACGCACCUGAAGAGAGUGAAAUCCGAGAAAAAAACAUUUUUUUUAUAUAAUAAAUAACAAAAUAAAAUAGUAAAUAAAAUACGAAUACAGUGCUUUAAAAUAUAUUCUAACAAAUCCCUGUGAAAAUGUGUAAAACCCCCACGAAAAGCAUUGCAAAUUGCAGUGAAACCUGGCCAAGAUAAAACCCGUUUUGCACCAAUACAAAUACAAAGAGACAGACUCCACAGAAGCCAACAAUUAAAAAAAGAAGUUAGUUAGUCAGCCAGCGUCUGUGGAGCAUGAAUCACACACACCUUUGGGCCUGCAUUUAAAAGUAAAUUAUUAAAAAGAAAAAAUCAAAACAAAACCUUUGGCGGGGAGAGUGGCAAGUGUUAUGCAAACGGCAGUUGAGCGUAGCGGAAAUACCAGUAAAUAAAUAGUACAUAAACACUAGAACUACGUCACACAAAUGUCUGGCAAGGAAAUGCGCCCAUUAUCACUCUCCAUUGGAGCCUCGCUGCUGCCCAGCUUUUCCCUGGUAACGGCCCUCAAUAAUGGCAUUCCGGGGAAGAGCUGCCACGGCAAGAUGUGCCAUCCGCUGGAUGAGUACUGCUCCACCUUUCUGGAGAGCUGCGAGCCCUGCAUCAAUGUUUGCGACAAUAAAUCGCACAAUUACCAGGCGGAAACCUGCGCCAAGGAAUGUUCCGACUUCAACAGAUUCGAGCCCCUGAAGGCCGAAAUCCAUGACAUCCAGAGCACCCAGCACCUGAUCCUGCUGCUGCUGACCAUCCUGCUCGUCCUGAUUGCACUUCGGUGUGCGUUCCACUGCCUGCGCUGGACCUUCCACAGGCGAUGCAUCCAAAGGAUGCUGCAGCGACUGCAGGCCAAGGCGUUUCCGCAUCCGGCAACGGCGAACGGGAAGGAUCUCAAUGCCACCACCAUACAGAACCUGAACGCCAUCAAUCGCCACCACCAUGGCAGCGACAUUGAGCAGGCGCAAUCGCAGAUCUACAGUGUGGCAGGUAAGUGUGUUGCCGAGGGUUCGGUCCUCACCAUGACGACGCCAGUGAGCACUCGCUAUCCGGCGGAGAAUAGCACCACGCCCACCACCAUAGUCACGGAGGUGGGCUACGGGUACGAUAAUCAGGCCAUGGUCGUGACGCCGGUUUCCGAGAAGCCCAGCAACAACGCAGCCACCUCUGCGAUUGCUUUCUAAAGCCAUAUUGUACACUCGAAGUAAUCUCUUCGACUUGAAUGAGUCCAGCGAAAGCAAAAUGUGCAUCACAUUGAAUCGUAGUGAUAUUCGUGUUAAUUUUUAAGCAAGGAAAAAUAUAUAUAUAGCUUCGUUUCCGCUUCCGAUUCCGAUCAGUUUAUGUGGAAAACCAGAAGAAUUUAAGGCAUUGCUUGGGGUUAAAAAUCCCUUUUAAAUGCUUUUAGUUUCUGGAAAAUAUAAGACACAAGAUUUGAUAGGAAUGGAAUUGGUUUUUAUAUAUAGGAAAUAGGUAUAUAUAAAAUAAGUAACUUCUGCCUCUGUGUAUGCAGACAGUACUUAAUCCCAAUGCGGCCUUAAAUACUUAAUUAACUUUUAACUGUAUAAAAUAUUUAACUAUUUUAAUUUUAGUAACUGAAGAACUUCCAUUAAAAGGAAUAUCCGUUGCUGGGCAAGAAAGAUACAUACUAUAUGGUAUUCAAAGGUUAAGAAAACGAACACUAGUUUCUUCUUUUUUUUUUAAUACAAAAAGUCUGUAACUUUCCUUCUGUAGCCUUAAAUACUAAAUAAAUAAAUAAUAAUUGUAAAAUAUAUUAUUAAUUAUAAAUAAAUAAAAUAAACCAGCAUUAACA